CCUAGCUGUAAGAACAUUUUUCAAUAGUAAAAUGAAAGGAUUUGUCUAUGUUACCACACUCACAUUCUCUAUAAAUUGGAGUUUUAAAUCUUCAUCAUCGAAAGAGAGCUUUUCAUAGUAAAAAAAAAAACAUUAAAUAAGACAAGAACACAAGAGAUGGCUAUCAAUAAUGGAGAGGAACAACAAAACCAACUCAUCGGAGACGCAGAUCUUGCUCACAAGACUCUCCUUCAGAGUGAUGCACUUUAUCAAUAUAUACUUGACACAAGUGUGUUUCCAAGAGAACACCCUUGCUUGAAGGAGCUCCGUGAGAUGACAGAAAAACACCCUCGGAACCAUAUGGCUAUACCCGGUGAUGAAGGACAACUUAUAAGCAUGUUGGUUAAGCUUAUCAAUGCAAAGAACACGUUAGAAAUUGGUGUGUACACUGGUUACUCUCUGCUCUCCACUGCCCUUGCUCUUCCCUCUGAUGGAAAGGUAUUGGCUUUGGAUAAGAGUCGUGAAUACUAUGAAUUGGGAUUGCCCAUGAUUGAAAAAGCUGGAGUGGCUCAUAAGAUUGACUUCAGACAAGGACUUGCUCUCCCUCUUCUUGAUGAACUCCUUCAAGAUGAAAAUAACAAAGGGACGUUUGACUUUGUUUUUGUGGAUGCUGAUAAGAAUAACUACUUAAACUAUCACGUGAGGAUGAUUGAUCUUGUUAAGGUUGGGGGAUUAAUCGGUUACGAUAACACCUUAUGGAGUGGAUCAGUGGCAGCUCCACCUGAUGCACCUAUGAUGGAUUUCAUUAGGAAUUUACGUGGUUAUGUGAUUGAGUUCAAUAAACAUCUAGCUCAAGAUUCAAGAAUUGAGAUUUGUCAGCUAUCUAUAGCUGAUGGGAUUACCCUAUGUCGCCGCAUCAAGUAAUCUCUAGUUGGUGAUGAUUUGUGUGCUUGCAAGAUUUGGAUUUUUAUUUCGAGUUUUUCAAUUUUUAAUUAACAAGCUCGUGGAGUGUGUCAUAAAUAUAAUAGUUAUGAUUUUAAUAUAUAUAACAUUUUACCCUCUUCUUGUGACGAUGUGUGAUAUGACCCGACAAAACAAUCUCUCUAAA